ACUCCCCUCUUCAUCCAUCACCAGAUACAACUAACAGCCAGCAACAGCAGCCCUACAUAAAACAAGAUACAUGGCUACCAUGGCACUCUCAUCACCAUUCGCAGGCAAAGCUGUCCCUCUCAAUGCAGGGACAGAGCUUUCAUCAGCUGUCCGCAGCGGCAAUGGAAGAGUGUCAAUGAGGAAAACAGGAAAGCCAGCUGCUUCCUCUGGGAGUCCCUGGUACGGCCCUGAUCGUGUCAAGUACCUUGGACCUUUCUCUGGUGAGCCCCCAUCUUACCUAACUGGUGAAUUCCCUGGUGACUAUGGCUGGGACACUGCAGGACUAUCAGCUGAUCCUGAAACCUUUGCCAAGAACCGAGAGCUUGAGGUCAUUCACUGCAGGUGGGCAAUGCUGGGAGCUUUGGGAUGUGUUUUCCCAGAACUUCUCGCCAGGAACGGUGUUAAGUUUGGUGAGGCAGUUUGGUUCAAGGCUGGUGCUCAGAUCUUCAGUGAGGGUGGUCUUGACUAUCUUGGAAACCCAAGCCUCAUCCAUGCUCAAAGCAUUUUGGCCAUAUGGGCAACUCAGGUUAUCUUGAUGGGCGCUGUUGAAGGUUACCGCAUUGCUGGAGGACCACUUGGUGAGGUCACUGAUCCCCUCUACCCAGGUGGCAGCUUUGACCCCUUGGGACUAGCUGAUGAUCCUGAGGCAUUUGCCGAGCUUAAGGUGAAAGAAAUUAAGAACGGACGACUGGCCAUGUUCUCAAUGUUUGGGUUCUUUGUCCAGGCCAUUGUAACUGGAAAGGGACCACUUGAAAACCUUGCUGAUCACCUGGCUGACCCUGUGAACAACAAUGCCUGGGCUUACGCUACCAACUUCGUUCCUGGGAAAUGAAAUAUCCAACUUUAAUGGCAAAUGUUUCAAUAGUUCUAUGUGAUGUAACAUUACAUAUUUGUGCCAUAAAUAUGUUGGACCUAUUUUUCAAAAACAAAACCUUUCCUUACGUCAGACCAA